AUGGGAUCAGUAGACGUGCUCAUUAUCGGCGGAGGCCCAGGCGGUCUUUCUGUCGCUACUGGCUUGGCUCGACAAUUGUAUACGGCUGUAGUGUUCGAUUCUGGUGUUUACAGCAACGCCCGAACGAAUCACAUGCAUAAUGUUCUAACCUGGGACCACCGGAGCCCGGUCGAAUUUCGAGCCAAAGCCAGAGCUGACCUCCUGGCCCGCUAUGAGACGAUACAGUUCCAAGACGUGCAAAUCGAGUCCAUUCGACGCAAUGAUUCCGGUCGCUUCGAAGCCGUAGAUAGCAAGGGCAUGACUUGGACAGGCAGAAAGGUCGUGCUGGCGGUUGGUGCCAAGGUCAUCUACCCUGAUAUUCCGGGGUACGACGACGUUUGGGGAAGAGGAGUAUAUGCUUGCCUGUUCUGUCACGGAUACGAAGAUCGUGGCGUGUCUUCAGCUGCUGUGUUGGCCAUUGGCAACACUGCAAACGUUCCGCCUGCCCUUCACGUUUCUCGCAUGGCAAAGCGACUUACCAGUAAUGUGGUCAUCUACACCAAUGGUUCUUCUGAGCUCGGAAACCAGAUCCAGACUGCGUUGAGCAAGGAUGCUGUCUUCCAGGUGGACCAUCGUGUUGUCACGCGACUAGAGAAGGUUGCCGAGGACUCUUCGGAAGUCAUUGUUCACCUUGAUGAUGGAAGUCGAGUUUCACACGGGUUCAUAGUUAACCAGCCAAAGACACGGGUCAACGGAACGUUCGUCGAGCAACUCGGACUGGAAUUGAACGAGAUGGGUUCAAUCAAGACCGUUAAUAUGGUAUACGAAACUACCGCUCCUGGUGUGUUUGCAGUGGGCGACUGCGCUACUCACAUGGCUGCGGUUGCUAACGCAGCAGCCAUGGGAGCUUUCGCAGCGGGCGGCCUCGUAGCUCAAUUAGGGGCAGAGUGA